UUGGUUGCGUUUUGAUGGUGCCCUCUUUGGUUUUAUUUUAAGAGAACUCUAUUGAUUGCUUGUUCCUUAGCAGCUAUUUAACUAAAGCUGUUGUUUCAGGGGUGGGAAGCGACGCGUUCCAGCGGUAUAUAAAAACACUUAACUGCGCGGGCAACGUUUUUUCUAAUAGUAAAGUAACGGUAUUGGAAAUAUGAUAUAUCUUGUAAAUUGUUAUAAUUAAGCGAAAUAUUUUUAUAGCGAAAAUUGUUUUUGUCGAAGUAAUCGAAAUUUCUUUCUUGUUUCGAAAGAAUCUUAUAUUAAAGUUAGAGCCUAUACGCCAGUUGUCUUGCGUUGAAUUAAUAACGGCUGAUGGAAGGAAUUGCGGCCUGUUGUGUGAAAUAGUGUUAUGCCCUGCUCACCUGUAAAUGCAAGUGCCUUGACUGCUUAAUUACAGCCUGGAGCGACUAUUGGUAGUAUUUGACAGAACAGGGUAGACCUUAUCGUUGUAGGUUUAUAGAUUGUUGCUUCGGUGCUAGGGAAAUAUCCAUUUUUAACGAUGUUUUCUCUUGUAUUCUCCAAUUGCUUAGCAGAGGAACUGUUCUAGCUGGUGCAUUGUGUUAUCAAAGAGGUUGUAUGAAGACGAAGCUGGGAAAUAUUCAGUUAGAUCAUCCGUAGCCUGUCCUGUUCAGCCAAAGUAUUUUUGUGUUCUUAUUUGAACAACCCUGAAUAGUCUAGAUCCAUCCACUUUGACGUUCAGCUACUAAAUAUCGUCAAUGCCAUUUUCCUAGGAUUCUCUAGGAUCAUACAAACAUCUCUAGGAUUAGCAAUAAAAUUGUUUUAACACACAUUUUAAAUGCCAUGACGUUAAAAAAAACUGUUUUGCGUUCGUGUUACCUGUCAAUUUUUUCAGAUUGAAAAUUUUUGUUCAUUUAAUUUUGAAGCUACGUAAAUAGUUGCAACGCUAAAUCGCCAAAGCAUAUGAAUCGUGACGUCAUAUAUAUUAUAAAAAUAUUCAUAUUAUGUUUCUCAUAGUUAUCGAAAGAACUUUAAUUUUUAAUUUUCACACAUUGCGUACAAAUCAACUGUUCUGUUUCUUUGUGGAAACCUUCUAUUUCCUGGCCACGUGAAUUGUGAAAUUUUUCUUAUCUCAGAUCAUUGCACUUUCCAAGUUGUAAGAAGCUAGGCAUCGCAGGACUUUUAAGAAAAAGGUCAAUUGAUGACAAAAUUGAGAUAUUUAGCCCCGCCCCUUGUAUAUCUACAUUUGUCACUAAACGUUUGGGAGGGAAGUACAAGGCAAUGAUCAGCAGAGAAAAUACGGUAUUGGAAAACUGCAAUGAUUUUGGGUAGUGGUGUUUCGAGAUCAAAAUCACAUUACUUUCGAUCUGAAUCAGGAUAUUAAUUUUUUCUGUCUCAUUUUGGCCAUUAUCCGAUCGCUUUUGAGGACUGUAAGACGAAAAGUAUCUUAGUAUGAUAUGUAAUAGCCUUUCUGUGCUUUCUUCAAAUUUUUGCGGUAUUGAAGACCUACUUAGCAAAAUCCAAAUCUGCAUAUUUGGUAAAUAACAGAAUAAUUUAUUCAACAAGGAUGAGUUCACAGUGACUCGGAUCAACGUUGCACCUAGAAAACAGUGUUUACUUAAAAACAAAUCAGCUUUAUAUUUUCCACAAGAUAUCUUGAACUGUGCUAGCAUUUUUUUAAUCUUAGUGAUCGACAGCUUUCAACCAAGUACCAUUAAAAAUCCGUAUGGCUCGAUUUCUGCACAUUCUAGUUAGCAAAUCACGGAAAGUUAUUCACAGGUUUUCAAAUGUUUCUAAGCCCUAAAAAUUAACACAAACAGUAAUAAUUUACAGAAAGUGUAUUGGAAAUUAGUACGCAGUCAACAGUUUUUUUCGUUAAUCUCAAAAGCAAUCUUUUCGCUAACUUAAAGCAGCUACACAUACUGACAAUAUUGAUGCGAUGUAGAUGUUAGUUCUGCUGUUUUUCCUUGGGAUAAAGAAGUUGAAUUGAAUUUCACGGACUAUCUCGUAAGUUUAGAGGCAGUGUCGUUUUAUGAAGGAGCAACCUGUACAACAUUUUACCAAGCGUCUCCCUUGACAAUGUGGUAAUCUUUAAGGAAAUUUCGGAUCAUCACCAGUCCCGUUCAACCUUUUUUCUGUUCACCUGUUUGUAUCAACUAUAUAUACAGUCCCCUGUUCAAGUAACUGGUUGCUUUUCAUCGUUUCUUCUCAUUUAUUAUGAGUCAUUUCUAAUAAGGACUUGUAGAGAUAGUACCAGUGUCCCUGCCUUUAGAAUCCUCAAGCAUCAUCAUAUAGUCCCCUCGCUUUUUUGCUCAAGUAUGAUAUUCGGGUUUUGGCAACAAAGAUAAUGGUGGAAAAACUACCAUGAAAGUUUGCCAAUUCGCCUUUAUCAAUCUUCUGUCGGUCCUACAGUUUAAAUUUUGGCGGGAAAUAUUACACAGAAGCCGCGGGAAGUAGCCUCGUAAUCAACUACUCAGAGUGAGUCUGUACUUUGAUAAAAAAUGGAGCAUCAAGGUAUUGAUGGACUCCACUUGCGUUCCAUAUUUUGUAUUACUAUACACGACACAGAGAAAAAAGUUUAUGGAUCGCUACUUUUUAUUUCAGGGAUCCUUGGUAUCCUUGGAUCGUUUUUGCAGAUGUUUGUUUGGCAGAGGUAUUUGAAGAAACACGAUCUCCGGCACAAACCCUCAUCAAAUCCGCAUGUCGUGUUCAACCUGGCCCUGAGCAAUGCUGUUUCAUGUUUCAUGUCAAUUGUUCUUGCUCUGGCAAUGCUGUUUGUGCAUAGACCAUUACAAAUGAGUAAGAUUUCACAAAGUAUUUCUUCCCAAGAUAUUUAUUGGAUUUUCCCUGUCCAGAUUUUGUGUGACCUUGGAUACAUUGCAUCAGCAUUAUGGACAUUAAUGUACUUGGUAGAUGUUUGCUUGCAAGUUCACAAGAUAAAUUGUCGCAUUCUUGUCUACUACUCGUUAGCAUGGGGCCUAGCAAUAUUUCUCACAGUUAUUGCACAAGUUCUCAGACUCACAGGACAAGAUUCAAUCAGGCGAUGUAUAUCUGCAAGAGAUAUUCCAUGCAUUGUCAUUGUGUGGAUUUCUCUAGUCAUUGUCCUCUUGGCAUUAUCUUCUAUUGUCCUAUUUGCCAUUGAUCGGCAAGUCAAGUCCGAUAUCUGUCUGGCAAGCAACGCAUACACAGCCAAUCAGAGGACGCUGAUGCAGCACGUGCGAGCAAAAUUUGUCUUCUUUUUUGCCACCUUUGUUACAUGCUGGGUAUCCACCCUCAUUGGAAACAUCCUGGUGCUAGCAAACUAUGGACCUACAGUACAGGAAGCUCUUUGCUUCACUGAGGCUAUCUUGCACCCCCUCCAAGGGCUGUUCAACUACUUUAUAUUCACGCCCCUACGAGCAGGACAAAAUCCUGUCACAUACCAAGGUGGUAGGAAAUCACCGCUUUUGCCGCGCGGCACCAUACAGCAAAUUUAUGGGACAAGCUACGAAAGCUCCUUCGCCAGCAGCAUAGUUCCGACAUCGCAGCUACCAAGUGUGUCCUCAUUUCACUUCACGCCUUGUUUUCCCAAAGAUGGCAGCCCAUUAAUGACAUCAUUUCAAAGUUCAGAUUCAAUAGACAAUUAUUCUUGCGAUGAAACGCUGAAAAUCGGUGAUUUAUUAGGAGAAAAUAAUUAUAAUUUCUAGGCACAUGACAAAUUUUGAAAAUACAUCCUUGAUCAUCAGUGUGAGAAGAGAAAGGAGAUGAACUAAUUGUAUUUUCCUCCAUAGAGCCAUUGCUACUAUAGAUAGAACCACAUAAAACGACCAUUCUUAUUCCUUUUUUGCGAUUUUUGGUCUCAUUAUAAAGAGUCUUGUUUAGGCCUAUAAAUCAUGGUAAUGUUUAGGGAAACAACUUAGUUGAUGCAAUGUUGCAAAAGCUGUGUGCGUUAAUUGUAAGUUGUUUAUUCUACAUCUGAAUGGCACGCAGUCUAUAGCCGUCCCUCAUUUAAACUAUAUCUCCAGUUAUAGACCGUCACCCACCGAGUAGAUGUAUGGAGACCAUACACAGACCUUGAUUGGUUGUUUAUAUGCCUUACCUCUUUGUUACCAUGUUCCAUAAAAUUCCAGCAAUAUUGUUAAAAUUGGUAAACCAAGUUUGCUAUUGGAAAUUCCGAAACAUCAUGACAUAAGUGACUGCCUGCCUUUUCUGUAGUAUAGGGUGAGUUUCCAUCGCAAACAUCUAAAUGAUUACAUUGAUCCAGUUAGUAUAUUUUACAAUAAUUGUCGCUAGUUUUAAUACAUGAAUCAAAAUAAUUUUGUAGUGUCCGCGAAUUUUGUAUUUUCUGUCAAAUGUAUAUAGUUUCUGACCUCAUUCAAUGCAGGCAGAGUAACUGAGACGUUUUUGUAGCUUUUUCUUGGCAAAAAACUUUAUACUCUUUCAUAAAUGUUAAAGCUACAUCAUAGAUGCACAUUUAUAUGCACAUUUAUACGCACAUUUAAUUGAUAUUAUUAUUAAAUGCAAAAUAUGACUGUCUAAAGCACUUUUAAAGACACAUAAUGCUAUCAGAAAGUUUGAUAUCUUUAGAAUAUGAAAUUUAGAGUAGUUUAUUGUUGAUAAAUUCUCCAAUGAAUUGUAGUUCAAAAAACAUCGCAAUAAGUUUAUUGGUUCUCGUGCAAGCUGUUUCUGUUUAAAUUAGUAAAUUGGUUUAUCUUCUUUGUAAUACUCUACUCGUAAACCAGUCAUGUUCCAUUUUUUCCAACGCAAAUUUCACGGCACGAGCUACUGAAGGAUGUGGGGGGGGGGCAGGGGUAAUGGCCGUUACCCAUAAAAUCAUUCCUUUUGCGUCUUUCCAGUGCAUGACACCAGGUGUAUUUUCCUUAGGUAAAUCUUAAUGUGACCUAUCCUUGCCUAAGGUUCAAGGCUUUUCAAAAGAUCCCCGUUAGUUGAUUUUAUUGGAGGGAAUACAAGUCAAUCUCGGGGAAAAGAUACUUUGAGUCUGGACAGAUCUACGUGCAAGGCCAUUGAUGAAUUUGUAAAUGGUGGUCGCUGUCUCGUUUUCUGUUGUUUUGAAAUCACUAGAUUAUUUCAGUUAUUUACUGUGUUCCUCUAAUCGUAGCUUAAAAUUCACUAAGCCUUGAUAUUUCAAGUUCAAAGCAAAUCUAGCAUUUUCAAGCCUAUUGCAUUGCCAAAUCGAUUGGUGCAAUAUUAUUACCGUCUUCAUUCUAAAAUCAAAGAGUUAAAACUCAGACGCUAUAGCCCAGUACCUUAUGAUAUAUUCUGUGUACAUUGUAUCAAGGCAUGCGCAGGUGCAUCAUAAUUUCAAUUGGUCCGUCACAUAUUAGCUGAAAAACCGCAGUUGGCACCGGAGGGACGCUUCUCCGAGCAGAUGUAACUUCAGCGCUGGCAAGCAUAAAAACUAUCAUUUUAUUGUAAACAAUGUGUAUCUUAAACAUUCACAUUUAAGCUAUAUUAGAAAGGUAACUACCAGGACAAAUUUCAGGAGGAUCAUAAGGAAAUUAAAAAUGCGUUCUUUGUAACAAAUCUUAUGCCCUUGUU